AUGUCUGAUAAUACCCGACUGCCGUGCAGUGAUAUCGUCCCUCCUCGCGAGCAAGUGAGUACGGUUUUGGAAUCACCUCAGCCGCAGUCUCUGGCUUCGCGCGAGAUGUCCAGCGGGUGUUCCAGCUUUGAUUGCGAAGCUAUUGGAGGUGCCAGCGAAAUUAGAAUGGCACGAAUGGUCCUUUCCGUCAGAUCGGAGGUCUCCUUCACACCUCGCCGACGUGAUACAAUCUCAUUGGACUCUGUGAGCUCAGAUCCUGAGACCUGCUCGGGGAGGCCGUUAUUCGCUCUGGCCGUCUCAGCUCUUAUCAAAAUAGUAUCCAACGAUGCGCAGGAGCAGCGAGCGAAUCCAGGGCGUAAAUGGAUUAUGGUAGGACGAGCAAUAACAGACUCUUAUUGGGAUCACCGUGAGGAAGUACAGAUAGGAGGUCGGGAACCGGCAGAUAGGCUCUGGACGACUCACCUAAGAGCACAUCGGAGGCGAUACGAGAUGCGAAAGCGCGACAAUAUGCCGAUAUGUCAGGUCUGUGGCUUUGCUACCAUGGCCGAAUGUCAUGACACCGCUGCAUGCCAACAUUCAGUCGCGCGUCAAAUUGCAGUGGCUGUUCUCGAAUUUUCAUCAGCACCCAUGGGUCUGGAACAUCGCUAA